GGCCCUUCAGCCGCCAUCACACUUCGGUACUCACCUGCCGUUCAACGCCAUGGAAAGGUCGCAGGAUGAGUAUCAGCGGAUACUACGACGCCACGAACGCGAAAAGAAAGAGCUGCAGGCCCGCAUCGUGAUCAUGAAGAAUGAAGUCCCUAAGAGCGAUAAGAGGAAGAGAAAGCAGUUGCUCCUUGAAGUGGCUCGCCUCGAGGCCGAAUUAGAGCAGAAGCAACAGCAAGAGCUGGAGAAGUUCCAGGAGCUGUUUCCUGAUAACAGCGCCCUCAGCUCUGUCACUGAAGAUCUGGCCAAGAUGGAUCUGGAGAACCAGCCUCCUCGCAUCCUGAAGGCCCAGAAACGGCGCGAAAGAAGGGUGGCGCUCGAGAGGGAGCGCCAGGAGAGGGUCGCCGAGGCUCAGAUGGAGCACCUGGCCGGCUAUCGCCGCGACGAGGAGGAGCGGCUGGCCACCAUCUUGUCGGCCAGGAAUCUGGAGCUGAAGGACAUCCCGAGCGACGGCCACUGCAUGUACCGGGCCAUCCAAGACCAGCUGGCGUUCUCCGUGACCGUGGAGAGCCUGCGGAGCCGCACCGCCGACUACAUGCGGAAGCACGUCGACGACUUUCUGCCCUUCUUCAGCGACCCCGAGACCGGCGAUGCCUACACCCGCGACGACUUCCUGCGCUACUGUGACGACAUCGUGGGCAACGCGACAUGGGGAGGCCAGAUUGAGCUGAGAGCCCUGUCGCACGUCCUGCAGACGCCCAUCGAGGUGAUCCAGGCCGACGCGCCCGUCUUCAUCGUCGGGGAAGAGUACACCAAGAAGCCGGUCAUCCUGGUCUACAUGCACUUCGCCUGCCAUCUCGGAGAGCACUACAACUCGGUCAAGCCGCUCGAAGCCGGAGCCGUCGGGGGCGCCGCCCCGCGACUCUUCUAG